AUGGUCCGUCUCACGUACCUCACAUCCCUUCUCUCCCUCGUCGCCCUCUCCUGGGCUCAAGCAUCGAACGACGACCCCCGAGGAAAGCUCCUUUAUGUCAACUACCCGUCUUGCGAUCACUACAAAUGUCAAGUAAUCUGGCGACCCAACCAAUCAGUCUACGUCAACUGGCUUAACGCUCCCGCUGGAGGUCUCAAAAUUCAGCUUGUCCCCCAAGAAGGCACAACAGGUCUCAAAACCUACACGAUCACAAACAAAGUUGGAAGCAUUCAUGGGUUCAAGGAUAAAAGGUGUGAGGAUAUGGGAACUGGGGAGAAGUGCGGCAGAUUCGAUUGGACUGUGCCCAAGGGAGUGAAAGAGGGCAAGUAUGAAGUGGUGGUGACGAGUUUGAGUAGGCCUGAGGUGGUGGGUUAUACGGAUACUGUGGUUAUUAAGAUGAGUAAGAAGGGGAAGAGACAUGAGGUUAAUAGGAUGGAGUGA